UCUGCGAAUGCGUUGGGCUUUAAUUAAAUUAGAGUCGGUGAGCUGGGAUAGGCUGGGAGUUCUCUCGGUCCAGACUGCAGGAAAUCCGACGUGGACCAUAAACCCGCAGAAAUAGAGAGAGACAAACCAGCGAAUGACCAGAAGUCGAUGCUGAAACUUGAUCAGAUAUUCUCCCGCGGGACUGAACGCUACACUGUAUCUGUUUUUAGUCUGAGAUCAUUGCAACAUGCCGCGGCGGACUGUACAAGAAGUAACUGUUCAAGACGUGCAGAAGAGAAGAAACCCCAACAAACACUAUGUUUACAUUAUCAAAGUGGCUUGGUCUGAUGGCAGCACUGAGAUCAUUUUCAGGCGCUACAGUAAAUUCUUCGACCUUCAGAUGGAGCUUCUGGAUAAAUUCCCUGUGGAAGGUGGACAGAAGGAUCCAAAACGCAGAAUCAUUCCCUUUUUACCAGGAAAGAUUCUCUUCAGAAGAAGCCACAUCAGAGACGUGGCCAUGAAACGACUGAAACCCAUAAACGAGUACUGUAGGGCCCUGAUCCAGCUGCCAGUGUAUAUUUCUCAGUGCGAGGAGGUUCGUUUGUUCUUUGAGACACGUCCUGAAGACCUGAACCCACCAAAAGAGGAACCCAGUGGAAAAAAGAAAUCCGGCAUUGUGGAUCGAGCGACUUCUUUCCUAAAGAGAGGAGGAGACUCGUCCUCAGCGGACCCGCUGCUGCUGGAUCAGUACGUGGCCGUCACUGACUACGAGAAGCAGGAGAGCUCUGAGAUCAGUCUGUACGUGGGGCAGGUGGUGGAGGUCAUCGAGAAGAACGAGUCUGGCUGGUGGUUUGUCAGCACUGAGGACGCUCAGGGUUGGGUACCAGCCACAUGUCUGGAAGUUCAGGAUGACCCUGAUGAUUUCUCACUCCCGGCAGAAGAAGUGUGCCGGAGAUUCUGGUCACUGCCGAGGCACGUUGGUCGCCGGCGUACUUUAGGGGAUCUGUUCAGCACAGGCUUUGGCCAAGAGGAAAAGUACACUGCGAUCUAUCCAUACUCUGCACGCGAUCAAGAUGUUUUUUUUUUUUUUUUGCUUUUGUUAGUUGUGUUAUUUAUGAAAAGAUUGGAAGGCUGGUGGAAGAUCAGGUACCAAGGAAAAGAGGGCUGGGCCCCGGCAUCCUAUCUGAAGAAGGCUGAUAUCCUCAGUCAGAAGAUGGCUGCUGGCGCUCCAGGUCAUGCCAGCACUAAUGACCUAGAUGUGGCUUUCAAACAGCAGAAUGCCAACAAGGAAAACAAGGAGAACCAGCGUGACCGAUUUUCACCAUUUUCAGAAAGCAAGAGCAAAGCAGGAGCGCGACAGAGACCUCCACCACGCCGGGAUCUUACAAUACCACGAGGAGUGAAUCUGCCUAAACCUCCAGUGCCCCCACAAGUAGAGGAGGAGUAUUACACCAUAGCUGACUUUCAGACGACCAUCCCAGAUGGCAUUAGCUUCCAGGCAGGAAUGAAAGUUGAAGUCAUUGAGAAGAACUCUAGUGGCUGGUGGUACAUUCAGAUCGAUGAUAAAGAAGGCUGGGCUCCAAUCACAUUCAUUGAUAAAUACAAGAAAACCAGCAAUGCCUCUAGGCCUAACUUUUUGGCCCCGGUUCCUGGUGAGAUGGGUCAACCGAUGCUUGAUGAUCCCUCAGGCAAUAAUACCAACUCUGAGAAUAGUUGGUCCAAACCUCUACCAGACGAACCUUCAUCCAACUCUGAUUUCUCCACCCGUUCCAAGCUGAGAGAAUGGAAGCCCAAUGCAGUUAAAGGCAGCUCCCAUUUUUCAGGGCCCUUACCUCCUCCUCCAUCCUCACCCACGGCUGAAGAGAAGCCAGCUUUACCGCCAAGGAGAGAAUCCAUCAACAAGAGCCUGGAACUGGAGGACAAACCCAAAGUAGACCUUCCUAAACCUCUCCCACCCAAACCACCAGCCCCAGGGUUCAUCGUCCCAUUGGUGACUCCAAAAGCAGCUCCUCUCAAGCCAGACAAACCCCCAGAGAUAAAGAAGGAGGAGAAAAACAAGCAGCUCUACCUGCGCAAUGAGAUGGGCUUGGAGUGUGGCCACAACAUCUCAGCCAAGGAGGUGAAAAAGUUCAACCUAAAGCAUGUACCCAAGCAGCCUCCCAAACCCAAAGCAGAUUCGCAAGAAAACAAGCCAGAUUCGGUCAACCCAGCCCCGUUCCUCAAGCCGAAACCUUUGGUCAGACCAAAGCCCGCUCCUGCAGCCAAACCAGAGCCAGUGGCCAAGAAUGAGCUGGACAUCACAAACCUUCGGAGUAAGCUUCGUCCAUCUAAACCUCCAGAGCUCAGCGGCAACUCGAGUGAUCCCAACCAGCAGAGUGAAACUCCCCCGAAUAAUGGCAGAACAAACGAUGAGUCAAAAUCCCCCAAUAAACAACAAAACGGCCAUGACCCAUCAGAAACAACUAAACCCCCACCACCAACAACAGCACCAAAAGAUCCUCCCCAGAGGCCUUCUGUGGUACCUAGAAGACCUCCUCCACCAAAGAAGACCUCUGAGCCAGCCAGUCCUACAGACACCAAAGCUCCCCAAAAAGACUUGCCAGAGGCCAAGCCGGCCUUCCCUCCUCAGAUCAGACCCCCGCCGCCCAAAACGAAACCAAAAGACAAGCAGAAGGAGGAACCCAAGGCCAAAGUACCCAUGCCACCAAAGCCCCCAAUUAAGACAGAAAAACCAGGGCCUCCGAGAGACAAACUCCCACCUCUUAUCAAGGAUCCGGCCAAGGAGGAGCUGUUCUUAGCUGUGGCGGACUUUGAAGGAGACGAGCAGACGCCUGGCUUUAAAGAGGGCGCUGUUUUCGAAGUUCUGGAGAAAAGCAGCAGCGGCUGGUGGUUUUGUAAAAAUGUGAGCGAUGGGCCAGUGAUGGAGGGCUGGUUUCCUUCCAAUUACCUGACCAAGAAACCUUAGGUACUCUUGACAUGGCUGCCUAAAGAAAACUUAUUUAAUUAACAUCCUUUAUUUAUGGGUACCUUUUUUUAAAAUGACAUUCCAUCCUUUGCAAGUUCAAACAGACCAUAAUAAUUUGUUUGCUUGCUUUUUUGUAACUCUUUUCCCUUUUGGGGAAAACCAUGUGUGCUUUCAUAUGUUAGCACUGAACAUCAAGGCUCUUGCCUAUUCGUAUAUUAAUCAAACCUUAUAUGUAUCGCUAAAGGUUUAAGUGACUAGCAAUAUAUAAAUGACUUUUCGCAGCCUAGAUGAUAUUGUGCCUCAAAAUAAUAUGCAAAGUGCUCUGUGCUUUUGCCGUAGAUUAUGCAAACGUGAUGUCUGAGCAGUGUCUAUCAGCAGAUUUGAAAUUCAAUAUUACACGUACUAUAAAUCCAUACAAGUAGCAGGCUUGAGCUUACAUGGCAUAGCCUGGAGUACUUGUUAAACUAGCUUCCUAAUGCUAGAUUUCCAUUUUGAAGCUUUUAGUUUACAAAAAUUGGUCUGCGUUCUUGUUCUAACACUAAAAAAACUCUACAAAUAAUGUUGCUUAUUUAUCUACUUUGUUUUUUGUUUCAGUCUGCACUUUUUUUAAUAGACUUUGCGUAGAAGUCUGCACUGCAGAACUGAUGAUUAAAGGGAAUGUGCAGAACGAGGAGAAACAGGAAACAAACACAUGGCCUUAAGGUUUACAGAACAGUGGCACCCAUUUCUAGUUUAGUUUUCAUAGUUGUUUCUGUCACAUUAAUGUUCUAGCAAACAUUGAUUUUAAAAAGCAACCCCUUUUGCAGUACCAAUCAUACAUUAGUGAAUAACAGAAUACCUCAGAACAGCCAGGAUAUCGUCAUUAUUUUAUAUGUCAGUAUUGCCCAAACAAAGUAUUUUCAUAUCACUGACAAAGGUGCUUAGAUAUUUUACAAUCAUCGUCAAAUGUUUUAACAUUCAUGCUUGACUGGUUUCAAGCAUACAUUUGAUAAACAUGUUGAUUUUUAACACUACAUUUGAAAAUGUGGUUUAUUAUGUUACUGAAAUAGUUCUUGUCUUUUUUGACAGUUUUGUUUUCCAUUCAUUUAUCAGAAAAACAGUGUUAAAUAGGUGCCCAGUCUGACCUGACAAUACCAGGAGCACUGAAAAUAUGCUCAUUUUGCUCUAUGGUCCUCAGCUCCUAGUUGCUAUUAAAUGCAUUCAUAAAACACUCCAUCUGUUAAAUAAUGUACAACAAAUGCAAGUGCCUGAGUUUGGAAAGGAUAGUGGAAGGUGUUUCUGAAGUUGGAAAGUUUUUGCAAGACAAUGAGUAUGAGAAAAACAUAAUGAUAUGAAGGAUAAUAGAGAGAAGAGGGUAAAUAUUCAACAAAAUAUGUUGAAACUCAAACCAGAUAAAAAAGGAACAAAGGCAAGAUGACAUGGGUAACCUGUUUGUUUGUAUUUUUUAAGCAUUUCUGUGAUGUUUUGUCCUUAGUAUUUCAAGUUUGAAUUUUAACUUUGUCUUAAUGUAAAUCAAAUAAACAUUUCAAAUAGUCAAAA